AUGGCCCGCAAGAGCUACCGCGAACACCGCGCAGAGCGUACAGCAGCUCUCAGCGACGACGGGACAGACCUUGACUCACUCGCAUCUUUCAGCACAUUUGCCAGUCAUACUACCCUAGCCUCCCAUGCGCCUGGCACUUAUCCUUCCUUCUCAAGCUUUGGGAUCGAUGGCGGGUCGUCCCCAUAUUACUCGCAACCCAGCGGACUAGCGCCGCCCACCCUUAGGCAGCGGACCUACAGCAACGUAUCGAGCUUGAGCAGGCGCGACGCGAGCUUGGAUAGUAUCGGGACACCGUCGACCCACAGCCGUUUCCUCUCUCCUCCUCCUUCAGAUGUCCCGACACCGUCAGGGCUACCUCCCUCCUCGGCACCGCCCCCCAGCCGCAGCGUGAGCGGCGAAGACGUCGUCCGCCCACGUAGCAAGGAGGACCUCGAACGCGACAAGCGCCGACGCCGCGCUCGGAACGAGGAACGCUGGCGCCGCGCACGAGCCCGUGAAGCUGCACAUGACGCCCCCGUCCGCCGCGUCGCCAAGGCAGCCAACUCCAUCCUUGGCCCUGUCUGGACACAGGCUGUCGCAUUCUUCGCAUGCGUAGCUGUGCGCAUUUUCCUCACCAUUGCCAUGCUCUGGUUGGACGACUCGUCGCAGACACGCCUUUCCUCCGAGGCAGCAGCCCUACGUCUAGCUUGCGCGGGGCGUGUCGCACCCCUUCUCCGGCCCCUUGUGCCCCUAUGCCGCGCGACGUUUGGUGACGCAGUCGACAACUCCAACGCAUGGCCAGGGACAGGCGCGGUAGUAGCCGUAAUCGGAUUGCGCCUCGCCGCCGAGUCUCUCCUCUGGAGCGCGGCCGUCGUGUGGGCUUCCGUCGAGGGAUGGCGAGAGGGGCGCACGCUCCGAACCAAGGUCACAGCCAUCGUGUACCUGGCCCUCUCGUCCGUGCUGGUGAUUCGGGAGGCAGCGUUCCUUCCGGUUCGCAGCGCGCUUGGAUUCGCAGCGUGGGCACUAGUCGCAACUGUCAGCGGGUACGACACGGCAGCGGCGGCCCUCAUGACGAUCGCCUCGUGGUUUGAGGGAAGCACACGUGUGUACAUCCCCGCGUUUGCGGUAUAUGCGGUCGGGAAGAACGUAUGGCUUAACGGCCGCGACCGCGGGUAUCUCGGCCGUCUCGCCGUCACCGUGCUCGCGACACUGUUUGUUCUUGGCAGCAUGAGUCCCGUGCCACUGCGUGAGCGCGGGGCAGCAAUCGCUGCCGCUAUCAAAGUCACCAGCGUCUCGGGGUGUAUCCGAGCGCUCUUGCGGCGCGUCGCAUCCAUAAUCUCAUUCCGCAACAUCAUCUCGACCAUAGCCCUCCUUCCUUCAACCUACCUGACUCUCAAGUCGAGCUAUACACUCCGGCCAGCGGCUCACGAGCCGGCGUCCGCGGACGUCGUGCCUGCCACUGCGAGACUCCUUCCGAUCGCUCUCACAGCCACCGCGGGCGCGUUGACCCUCUUGCCAGUGGACCCGGCGCUCCCACUGCUCCCCUUGGCGUUCGCGUCCGCUCUCCGCCGCGACGACGACGAGUGGGCUGUCGCCGUGCAGAUGCACCACGUCGCGGCCAUGAGCUUGUGGCCGGCUCUGAGCGGGAUACUUCUCACCUUGGCAAGCGGUUACGUGCUCGCGUGGAACAUGCUCAUCGGGGCGCGGACGGACGCACCCUCCCCGAUGCUCAGCAUGCACCAGAAGACAACCCUUGUGCUCAACUUGGGUGCGAGCGUCUGGCCGCUCUUUGCGCACCUCCAUCUCGCCGCACACUUCAAGUGGGCUGCUCAGUAUGUGGGGCACGCUCUGACGACGUUCAUGGUGCUUAGUGUUGUAGGCGUUGUCGUGUGGGCCAACAUGCGCCUGGUGAAGACGGCCUGGGCUGCGGGGGCGCUGUAA